AUGCAGCCUCUCAAGGAGGCGGACCCUGAGUUGUACACCCUUCUGGCGAAAGAAAAAGAGCGGCAAGUUGACUGUAUCGAGCUUAUUGCCUCGGAAAAUUUCGUAAGCACAGCAGUGCAGGAAUGUCUAGGGAGCUGCCUGACGAACAAAUACUCCGAGGGUUCCGUGGGGGCCCGCUACUACGGUGGCAUGGAGUUCGUAGAUCAGAUCGAGGCUCUUUGCAUCCAACGGGCCAAGGAGGCGUUUGGCUUAGACCCGGAAGAAUGGCACGUCAAUGUGCAGCCUCACUCUGGAAGCCCUGCAAAUUUCGCUGUGCUCAUGGCUCUACUGCAGCCCCAUGACCGGUUCAUGGGCCUCGGACUCAAUGACGGCGGCCACUUGACACAUGGAGCGUACACUCCAUCUCGACGCAUAAGCGCCACGUCACUUUUCUACGAGUCAUUGCCGUACGGCUUGGACCCCAAGACGGGGCUCAUAGACUACGACGACCUGGAGAAGGUAGCCACUGUGUUUAGGCCCAAAAUGAUAAUUUGUGGGCACUCAGCUUAUCCUCGGGCUUACUUUUCUCGUGCCAUUCCACUCGCAGGCAGUACCUUUGCAAUUUUGGGGCUGAAUCUGCGCAGGCUGCUGGACUACAAAAGGUUUAGAGAAAUUGCAGACAAAGUGGGGGCCAUCCUUUGGUGCGACAUGGCUCACUUUAGCGGCUUCGUCGCCGCUGGAAUAUUUGAGUCGCCUUUUAAGUACUGCGAUGUAGUGACAACGACAACUCACAAGACGCUCAGGGGCCCUCGUAGCGGGAUUAUCUUUGUCAAUACUAGGCGCGUACCAAAUGGAGCCUCUAGAAUUGACUCAGCAGUCUUCCCUGGGCUGCAGGGAGGACCGCACGAGAACCAUAUCGCAGCUGUUGCUCACCAGCUCAAGCAGGCACAAAACUGCAAGGUGCUGGCGCGUGAGCUACAAAAUCAUGGCUUGCAGCUCGUCACUGGUGGGACAGACAACCACUUGCUGCUCCUUGAUUUGAAGCCUCAGGGCCUGACAGGCGCGAAGCUUCAGUUGAUUUGUGAUAUGGCCAACAUCACGUUGAAUAAGAAUUCCAUCGCUGGGGACUCAUCAGGAAUUCCAACGGGUGUGCGCAUUGGGACUCCGGCCAUGACGACUCGCGGCUUCGGCGCUGAGGAGUUUAAGCUGGUUGCAGAUUUUAUCAGGGAGGCGGUUGACAUUUGCUGUGAGAUUCAAGAGAAGUCGGGAAAGAAACUCGCGGAGUUCCGAAAGCAUGUCAGCCCUUCUCACCCUCGCAUUUCAAAUCUGCGAGAUCGGGUAAAGGCCCUCGCUCGUAGCUUUCCCAUGCCCGGUCGUCCUGACAUAUGA